CAGGAGGUCACGAAUGUCGUUCGAGCAAACCUGUGUAGAUGAAUGACUGUCGUAUUGUUUCAGGUUGCCGCCACCGUUGCCCAGGAUUACGAGGUCUCUGACAUCCAGUGCAGCGGCGCAGGAUCAGCAGCCGAUCUCCUGACAGCGAAGAUCAAAAGACCAGUUGGCUUCAGAGGGGCGCCGCUCUUUGCCGACGACAGAUCCGCCAAUCCGCUUACCGACAUUCACUGCCAGAUCAGGCCAGAUCCCAAUGAUCCUCAGGAAGAUAACUAUUUCCUGAAGGUGACUGACUUCUCGAGAUGCGGCAUCCUGAAGAGAAACGGUUUCAUUCACCUGCGAGUAUGGUUUCCGGCAUUUCCCGGAGUCGUCAUGCUAGCCGAUCAAGAAUUAAUCUUAAUGUGCCGACCACCUGAGCCCACGUUACUCCGUCACAAAGCUGCCGGUUUCGCUGGAACCUUUCCUCACGGGGCAAGAGUAUCUGGGGUGGUCGAAGAAACACCUGGACGACUGGAGUACGAGGUAGCCCUUUACCGCGAAGCUACGGGCAACGUAUCGGACGCAUCGGGGUCACAGACUGUCGAUCAAGCGGUUCCCAUUGGUACAAAGCUUCAGUUAAGAGCUCGAAUCAGUGCAGACAGUGCAUGGGGUUACAUUAAACUGUUGGAAGUGACCGUUAGUCCCGAUCCCGAUCAGCCUCACGCACCAGGAAGUGUCGUGUUGGUGAAGGACGGCUGUAGAAAUCGAGAUUUCGCGUCAAUAAUUCCUCAUCAACCAGCCCGUUAUCGAGAGAGAAAGAACGAAGUUUUCCUCGAUUUCGAAGCCUUUCUCCUCAGUUCCAUGAGAGAACGUUCCACGCUAUGGAUUCACUCGCAGAUCAAGGCUUGCAUGGAACCUCAGGACUGCCAACCGGAUUUUUGUCUCGAUCUUUUUGAACCAUCGGGACACGGAAAAAAGAAAAAACGAUCUAUCGUAGAAGGUACGAACGAAUAUUUUCCUAAAGUCGACCGCUUGAUAAAGGAAUACAACGAUUCGAUACCUUAUACGAAAUUUAAGGAAAAUAUCGAAUACACGGUGAUGAUGCCUGAUGAUAUAUAUCAGAAAGUGACUGCUGGACUUGAAAACAGUUGCGGUAGUUUUCUUUACGUUGCAACAGGACUUGGUGCACUUCUGGUUUUAUCAGCUUUUAUCAUGUGCUAUCUUGCAACAAGACUUCACAAUUUGUCAUCAACUAUACCACAAAAUAAAUCAAUCGACGAACUAGUACGAGAUCGUGCUAGAAAAUAUUCUGAACAAACACCAGGCUACACCGGCCGAUCUACGGUACAAUAGCAAAAUGCAAAUAUUAUAUUACAUAUGUACUUUAUUAUGCUCAAUCAAAAUGAAACAGUAGUUUUCGUGAAAUGAAAUAAGAAACCAAAUUAACAAAACGACUUAUGGUACGGAUAUAAGCAAAAUAUCAUACAAAAAUAAUACAAUAAAUACAAUAAAUUGUAUUAUAACGUAAUAUUUUUUUUAAUAUCUGUGAGCGUUAAGAAAUUAUACUAAACUAAAAACACAGAGUUUAAAAAAUAUAUGAAACUAAUAUAUUUAAUUAAUACACUUAAUGUAUAUUAUUUAAGGUAGAUAAGAUAGAUAAAAUUUGAUAAGACUUGGUAGAAUUACUGCAAAGAUACGGAUAUGUUAUAUAUUAUUACAUAUUUGUGUGUAACAAAAAAAAAAACAAAUGUAAUUUACGAACUUUAGCAAAUAUUAAAUUCUUCAUUAUUGCUCUUCGUAACUGAUCAUUCACUUUUGCACGUUUUAUACAACAAAUUGCACGAAAAAUUUAUUUUAUUUUAUUUCUCACAUUAAAUACUUAUUACAUAAUUGCAAAUCUACUUCUCCGCUAUUUCAACAUUUUAUUAAACGUGCAGUGCUAUUACGUGACCUGAAACAGUGCGUAUAUAAUCUUUAAUAGUAAGUAAUCCUAAAUGAACUGUAUUAAUUUAUUCAUUAUAGAAUAAUUUACUCAUAUCCGUUACGGUUGAAUAUAACUAUAAUGUAUUUUCUUUUGAGGGUGAUUGUAUACAUUUGACUCAAUGUACAUACAUACAGUAGUAGAAUACUAUUUGUUGUUUAUAAAGAAAAUGUUAUCAUUUAAAGAUUCUAACUACAAAUUUCUUAAUUGGUCGAAUAAACGAAUAGGUAUAGAAAUAUUACAAAAUAAUUACUGUAUUAAUAUAAUCGCAUAUAAGUUAUUUAUUGCAAAAUAAAACAUCACUGCAUUUUUAUGCAUGUCACACAUUUAGGAAUAUUAAAUUAUUGAUAGAAAUUAAAUCGAUUGCUCCAUUUCGCAAUAUUUUAUAGCAUGUCAUUCUAUUACAUGUUUAUGAAUAUAACAUAAUGAGGGAUGUGGUAAUGCUGUGCAAUCGCGCGUAUAUAAAUUAGGAUACAAGGGCGGACUAGGACUCAAAUUUUUAUUGUAGAAAUAUAAAAAUGGGACCUCUUGUGUUCUUAUCUAAUACGCAUGCACAUUCAUACAGUAAAUAUGUGUGUGUAAUUCAAUUAGCGAGCGGCAUCAGUUGCAUGCCUGAUUAAACAAGAACAGAAAGGUCCUAUGCAGAAUUCUCUUUCAAUUCCCACAUCGCAUCCACUUACACGCUAACAUACGACUCGCGUACUCUAUCUUUAUAUCUCUAUGAGUUUUACUGGGAGAUUACAAUUCUACAUAGAGCGGAUCCAAGUCAGUAAAACCUCUAAACCCUACUGUCUCACCGGGAAUUUUUCUAAACCCCCCAAUAGCUAGUCCGCCUCUGUAGAUACAAUUUAUAACAAUCAACUUUACUUAAAUAAAAUAGAGCAUAUAAGAAAACAAUUCUACAUCAAAUAGAUUUCGGUCUACAAAUAAUAAGAGCGUAAUAA